UGUACUCUAUGGCCAUGGCUAGUUCAACAAAGUUGUUGUCUCUAGUGAGAACAAUUACAAAACAUAUGAUAGAUGAUGGUGGGUUUGGGAAAUUAAUGGAUAAGGUGAACAUCACGUCCGCGGGGCAGGGCUGGUGCAGCGCGGAGAUGAUUGUUCUGCACGAGCACCAGAACUCAGGCGGGACUCUGCACGGGGGCUUGACGGCAACCCUUGUUGACAACGUCUCCACGCUGGCAUUGAUGACGACUGGCUCGGGGGUUCCUGGGGUGUCCGUCGACAUGCAUAUCACUUACACAAAAGGGGCGAAAGUGGGAGAGGAGGUGAUUAUCGAUGCCAAGACCCUCAGAGUUGGAAAGCGAAUGGCGUUUCUUGAAGUUGAACUGAAGAAGAAAUUGAGCGGAGAGCUGGUAGCCAAGGGUCUGCACACCAAGUUUGUAGGUUAGGCGCAUUAGGCUCGUCAUGUGAUCUUAUAGUGGUGCUAAACAUUCAACUGUUCCUUAUAUCAGAGUAUGGGUUGCAUUCCUGGCAUUCAAUUGUUGCAGGCAUAAGGACUUAAUACGUAUGUGUUUUAAGUGUGAAAAUGAAACACAAUUAUUAAUCAUAAUUAAAUAUGUGUGUAUAAAUGUGUUUGUGUAUAGUGAUAGUCAUAUAUAUAUAUAUAUGUGUGUGUAAUGUAAAUGUGAAUUGGUUAUGCCAAAUUAAAAGUAAAAUAUCAAGUGGUUUGAUCCACAAUACAUGAGUAACCAUGUUCAGGUCACUUGCAAAAUGUAAUACCACAAACAUUUUCUAAGAAAAAAGGAUGAGACCUAAUAUCAGCCAGACAAUAACAAAGCCUGCUGUGGAUACAAACUCUUAUCCUGAUGAUCCAGAUAGUCUUAAUGUACAAGAAUUUUGGCGGAAGAAAAUUAAAAAGCAAAAUACCUGGUGUAGGUAAAUGAUAUGACUAUAACAUUGUAGACUGUCAGUGCUAAAUUUAACAUAUGUAGGAUGCCAACAUUUACAAUAAUAUAUAUUCCAAUUCUAUUUUUGAUCUUGGAAGUUCCAAACAUUUUCCUACUACAAUAUUUUGCCCUUUAUAAAGUGGACAAUUUUAUUUUUAAUGUCUGUCUGUGUGUGACAUUGUGCUAAUGGUGAUAAUUUUGUACCUGCUGUAAAUAAAUUGCCUUUUUGGAUGUA